AUGGCUACACGACAACCGCUCCCUCCUCGCCAGCCUCUCCGAGCCUCGGCGCAGAAUGCGGCAAACAGGAGAUGCUGGAAUUGCGAUCGGAUUGGGCAUCUGGCUAGAGACUGCCGUCUGUCGAAGCAAGUCUUUGGCCAGCCGGGCAGACCCAAUAGACCACAGCAGCCAGACCAAGCUCCAGCCCGCCAGGAAAACCCGCACCCCGAGACUGCACCGUUCCGAGGGCGAGACCCCAAGCAAUGGGAAUGCUACGCCUGUGGAGUCCCUGGUCACGCUCGCAGUGGUUGUCCGUUGAUGACAAGAGGCACCGGCCGAGGGACCCGAUACCAGGACCAUCGCAGGACAUACGAUCCCAGACGCCGCCAGGAACCUCGCCGCCAGGAUGAGCCUCGCAACCGCCAGAACCGUCCGAGAUUCCAAACCGGCAAGGAUAACGUUCAGCUGGACCCCCGUCACCGUCUGAAUCUGCGGCCCCGUCAAGAGGCAUCUCGCAUACGCAAGUCUCCCCCACCCAAACGCGAUCCUGUAGCAGCUCUUCGCAAGGAGAUCUCAGCCCUUGGCCUGCAGACUCCGGCGCGCGGAUUCGCAGUCGUGCCUUCUUGGAGAACGCCCAAGACCAAGGCCACCAGCGAUGAGGAAUGGUUGCCGAGUUCUGGGCAGUCUGAGAGCCCGACGGUUGAUGAUUCUAGUACGUACGCGCACGUUCUCUUCUACCCUCUGCAACAAUGGGCUGACUAG